UGGCUGCAGCCUGAUGCGGGUUGUCUCGCUCGGUCUCGUCGUGUUUGUGUUGACUUUUUCUUGUGUCGUUCGUCCAUUAUUUCGAAAGGAAAGGAUUUGUUAAAUUGAAUUUUAAUCAGUGUCGCGUUCCUAAUUAAAGGGCUUCUAAAGUGUUUUGCGUCGGGCAUGGCGUCGAACAGCGCUGGAAGUGGAGAAAAUAGCAACAGUACCACCAGCAGCAGCGGAUGGUACCCGCAGGUGGUCCAGCCAAAACGAAAUCAAUUUGAGGGGAAAUUGGAGGAGCAGAAUCUGAUGUCUUUGUCGAGUUAUAAUACCAGCAGCAGUAACGAUCACAGAUUCUGCCGGUUGUGUUUGUCCAAGGAGCAACAGCUGAAGCCCUUGUUCCCUCCGAAUGGAUCCCCGGAUGGGACGUUGAUCCGUAAAAUCCUCAGUUGUCUGACCAUUGCUCUCUCGUUCGAGGAGGACUACGAUACAUUUGUUUGUCGCGUUUGCGUUCAAGAAGUUGCCAAGUUUUUUGUCUACAAAGAGCAAUGCUUGGCUAAUGAUGCCAUUCUUCGGGGACGUGUCAAACCUGCUAAAGUAAACUUCUAUAAUGAUGUACAAGGAAUGCAGGCUCCAAACGACGAUGUGGACGAUGAUGAACAGGACUUUGAACCAAUUGAUUCCGAUGAGUUCGAUAUACCGGAUGAGGGAGACUACAACCAACCAGCCGAUAAUUCUGCAAACGUUUACGAAACUCCAAGCGUCCCAUUAGAAAGUGGGCUUGCAUUGGAACCUUGGAAGCUAAAGCCCCUUCCAAAGCAAAGGGCCCGCCGUGAAAAUGUUCAAGACUAUUACUACGGUGGUUAUCGUUACACUUGUGCCACUUCACGUGCCAAUGGGAAAGUCCAUUGGAGAUGUAUGUACAAAUCGAAGCUUAAAUGUCGUGCUGCUAUUCUGGUAUCGCCGAAUGGAACCAUCAGUUGCGGCUCACACCGCCAUAAUCAUCGACCGGACAAAAAACCUCUCUCCAACCACGCUGAUGGAACUAUCAUAGAUGUUCACACCGGGCAAAAAGUGACCUACAAGCUAAUCAAGAGCAACCGAAGCCCAACCCACCAGACACAGAUGAUCUGCAAUGGGUACAAAUAUCGUUACGCCAGGUCCACCCAGAAACAAACCACCUAUUGGCGAUGUAUGAAACACAACGGCAAGGAAAACUGCAAAGCGAUUCUUUCGUUCAGAACUGACUUCAGUGCGUGCUCCUCCAAUGGUCAUUCCCACAAUCAUCCGGCUCAGUACGACAUGAAUAAACCCUUGCCAAGCAUACUGGAUGAUGAGCCUCCCCUGUACCCAGAACAGCCACCGAUCAGCAAUGGUAUCGUUCGGAUACCCGAUGUAGGAAAAUCGAUGAAAAACGGUAAGAAAAUGAAAAACGCCGCGUUGUUCCACAAGCGGAUGGUUCAUAACGGAUACGAGUUUGGAUUCCCGCGUAUCGAUCGACAGUAUUCGAGGUGGGCCUGUUUCAAGAAAAGUCUGUUCAACUGUCCGGCCAAUUUGGUGACCAACUCUGCCGGAAGGGUUAUCAAGGAAAGUGAUUGGGCGCACAAUCAUGGACCAAACGAUGACUACACCAAGGAAACCGUAAUCGAGGGAUACAUGACUGAUGCCAAAACCAGCGAGCAGGUCUAUUACAAGCUAAUCCCGGGCAAGCGAGGCCAACGUUUCGUCUUGUACAAAGGCUAUCGCUACUCGUCGGAUCGCUUCAUGAGUGACGGCCGGAUGGCUUGGAAGUGUACAAAAUGCAGAGUGUUCAUCGUUAUCGAGGGUCGGUUUAGCUCGUUCGAAGAUCGAGGUGGCGAACACGAACAUCCCAUUUUGGAAGAGGAUGACGAACAGUUGGAUAUGGGCUCGUGCUUGCAGGGCCUGUCCGGGCUCGAGGGCGAUCAGGGGCUGGAAGAGAACAGUCAGGAUGACAUCGGAGUUGAGGAGGAGAUGGAAUUUGGGGUCAAAAACGAAGUGGAUGACGAUGAUGAAAAUGAGGAGGAAGACAUAGAAGAGGAUCCGGAUGCGUUUGCCAGUGACGAAGAACAGCUAAUAAUUCCAUAAAAGUGUCAGGUUAGACUGUUACUAACAGGUAAGUACCAAAAAAUCUACGAUUGAGAAUUAGAUUUCCUUUCAAUCCAGUCAUUAGAUGUGUAAGACAUGAAAAUUCAAGCCAAAUUUGCUAAAUUCCUUCGGAUUUUGACUUUUGAUUAAAACCAGCUGGUUAUGAUUGUAAAUAUUAUUGAUGGUAUGUUUUAAAAGCAAA